AUGUUCCUUCUGUCUCGAUACAAAUAUGGGAGGAGUCGUCAAAUACUCGGGAGAGUCGCGAGGACGACGAUUGGAUUGUUCGAAGAAGAAGAGAAGAAGUUUGCCGAUGAUGAUUCUCGCAAAUUCGUUUCGUUGAGCAGAAGCGAGAAGGAAAAAGAACGAAGGAGGAGGACGAACAAUCGCGCGUGCUCGUCGUCGUCAUCAUAUUCGGUGAGAGAAUUUCAGACGAGCGCAAUCGCAGAAGCCAGACCUGGGCAGAAUCGUUCGCCAUCCGGCGCUGGGAAACCGAAGAAGUUCAACAAGAAAAAACUGCCGCCGGCGUCUGUUGGCGCAACAGAGCAACAACAAAACAGAGGAGGAGACGAGAGAGGAGGAGAUAAAGCACAAAAGACAGAAACAGAAGGAGCAGCAGACAAAUCAAAGCAACCUUUCACGAGCGUUUACCGGAAAAUCAAGGUGGUUGGGAAAGGAACCGUGAGGAAGAAAGUCGAACGCGUCGUAGAGAAGAAGGAAGUGAAAGCGAAAGCGGCGGUGGAAAGAAGACACGUGAGAAUCAACGAGGGAUCGACCGUGAAUGAAAUCGCCAAGGCAUUCGGCAUCGAGAGUGAACAGAUUAUCAAGCUUCUAGAAGCACUUGGAGAUUCGACGUCGCUUUCGAUCGAAGAGAGCGUGGCGGCGGAUUCCAUCGAGCUCAUCGCUGCCGAGUUGGACGUGGAUAUUACCAUCAUCAAUAAUAAUGAUAGUAGUAGUAGUGGUAGUAGUAGUAGCAGUCGUGAUAGUAGUGCGGUUAUGAAAAAAAGACGACCGACGGUGUGUGUCAUGGGUCAUGUUGAUCACGGGAAGACGAGUUUACUUGACGCCUUGCGCAAUGCUUCAGUCGCGGAUGGCGAAGCCGGUGGUAUUACGCAACACAUAGGCGCUUUCGUCGUAACGCUUCCAGAGUUUAAUAAUAGCGAUAAUAGUCUGGGAGAGUUGACAUUUUUAGAUACGCCUGGCCACGCAGCAUUCUCGGCUAUGCGUCAAAGAGGUGCUUCGAUCACAGAUAUUGUCGUUUUAGUCGUAGCGGCGGACGACGGUGUCAUGCCACAAACGAAAGAGGCGUGCGCGCACGCGCGCGUUGCAAAAGUACCAAUCGUAGUUGCAUUGACAAAGUGCGAUAAGCACAAUGCAGAUCCAGAUAGUAUGGAAAUGCAAGUCGCGAGUGAUCUCGGGUUAGAGCUCGAAAAGUUUGGCGGGAACGUACAGGUCGUGCGAGUCUCUGCGCACACUGGUGAAGGUUUGAAAGAGCUCUCGGAAGCAUUACUUUUAGAGUCAGAGCUUAUAGAUUUAGACACAAAAAUGGAUAAAUCGCUCGUUCACGGAGCGGCUUUAGAGGCUCGAUUAGAUAAAGGGAGAGGACCAAUAGUGAACGCGGUGUUGAAACGAGGAACGCUCGAAGUCGGUGACUUUGUUCUCUGCGGCUCAAGCUGGGGUAAAGUUCGUUCGCUAAGAAACGCGAAAGGAGAGGAACUUAAAUCCGUAGAACCGGGCGAUCCUUUCGAGAUGAUGGGUUUAAAAACAGUUCCAAACGCAGGAGAUGCAAUCCAGUCGGUACCUUCGGAAGAACGCGCGAGACGUUUAAGCGAAGCACGAGAAGAACGUCUCGAGCGAAUACGUUUGCAAAGUGCCGAUGUGACGGGAACGUCUUCGAUUACAUCGGUUUUGUCUGGAAGAGGAGGUGAUAAUAGUGGUGGUAAUGACGAAACAAUUGAUGAUGGAUAUCAAGAGUUGAAUUUGAUUGUCAAAGCGGACGUUCAAGGGACUGCAGAAGCUGUCAGAGAUUCAGUCGUUGGUCUCGGUACCGGUAAAGUUGGCGUGAAAGUCGUCUUUACUGGAGCUGGGCAAAUAAGUGAAGGAGACGUUCAGCUCGCCGGCGCUAUAAACGCACCUAUUCUAGGUUUCAACGUGCGUGAACCAAACAAGAGCUUACAAAGCUUGGCAAAGUCGAAAGGCGUUCAAAUCGUACGACAAAACGUAAUCUAUCGUUUAUUAGACGAAGUCGGUGCCAUGCUCUCGCUGAAAGCGCCGAUGGAAGAAUACGAAGAAAUCGUCGGUGAAGCAGACAUCGUGCAGAUUUUUGACAUGACCGGAACAAAAAAGAACAACGCUUCUCUCGUGGCUGGUUGCGUCGUCUCGAUCGGCUCCAUCAAAUCGACGGAAAAGUUUAGGAUUCUACGAGAUGGCGUCCCUAUACACGAAGAAGGUGCCCUCUUCAGCUGUUCAUCCAUUCGUAGACACAGAUUAGAGGUUGAAAGCGUAGGUAAAGGUACAGAUUGUGGCGUUUCGCUCGAUGAUAUUACCGAUUUUCAAGUUGGUGAUACUAUUCAGUGCAUAACGAUCGGGCGAAGACCAGUUGCUGCUGUGAAAGUUGCGACAGGAGGCGCAAAAGUACAAUAA